AUGAGUACAGAUUUUGAUAGAAUUUACCUGAACCAAUCAAAAUUUAACGGUAGAUUCCGUGUUGCAGACUCAGGUCUGGGUUGGAAAGCAUCCACCAGUGGUGGCUCUGCAGCUAACCAAGCAAAGGCACCAUUUUUGCUUCCAGCAACAGAACUUUCUACUAUUCAAUGGAGUAGAGGUAGUAGAGGAUUUGAGUUGAAGAUCAAUACUAAAAACUCGGGUGUUAUUCAAUUGGAUGGAUUUUCCCAGGAUGACUUUAACUUGAUUAAGAGUGAUUUUCACCGUAGAUUCAGCAUCCAAGUUGAACACAAGGAACACUCCCUUAGAGGUUGGAAUUGGGGUAAGACUGAUUUGGCUAGAAACGAAAUGGUCUUUGCUCUGAAUGGUAAGCCAACUUUUGAAAUCCCAUAUAACCAUAUUACAAACACUAACCUAACCAGUAAAAAUGAGGUUGGUGUUGAAUUCAAUAUACAGGAUGAGAAUUACCAACCAGCUGGUGAUGAGCUUGUUGAAAUGAGAUUCUAUAUUCCAGGUUCUAUUGAGUAUUCCGGCGAAGAUGAAGAUAUGUUAAAGAAAGAAGAUAAUGGCGAAGAUGUUAAAAAGGAAGAAAAUGAAGGUGAUAUUGCUAAUGUUGCUGAGGAAAAGAGUUUAGCAGAAACUUUCUAUGAAGAAUUGAAGCAAAAGGCUGACAUUAGUGAAACAGCUGGUGAUGUUAUUGUUUCUUUCCCAGAAGUCUUUCUGGCUACUCCAAGAGGUCGUUAUGAUAUCGACAUGUACAAUGACUUUAUCAGACUUAGAGGUAAGACUUACGAAUAUAAAUUACAAUACAACCAAAUUCAAAGAAUCGUAUCACUACCAAGGGCAGAUGAUAUCCAUCAUUUGAUUGUCCUAGCAGUUGAUCCUCCACUACGUCAAGGUCAAACGACAUAUCCAUUCUUAGUUCUGCAAUUCCAAAAAGAUGAAGAAACCGAAGUUCAAUUGAACCUAGAUGAUAAAGAUUACGAUGAAAACUAUAAGGAUAAAUUAAAGAGACAAUAUGACGCAAAGACUCAUAUUGUAUUGAGUCAUGUACUUAAGGGAUUAACAGAUCGUAGGGUCAUUGUUCCUGGAGGAUACAAAUCUAAAUACGAACAAUGUGCUGUAUCAUGUUCCUAUAAGGCUAAUGAAGGUUACUUGUAUCCAUUAGAUAAUGCAUUCUUCUUCCUAACGAAGCCUACUCUAUAUAUACCAUUCUCAGAUGUUAGUUCAGUUAACAUUUCCAGAGCUGGUCAAACAUCUACCUCUUCGAGAACUUUCGACCUUGAGAUAAACCUUCGUUUGAACAAAGGUUCUACAACUUUCGGUAAUAUAAGUAAAGAAGAACAGCAAUUAUUAGAGAACUUCUUGAAGUCAAAGAACUUGAAAGUGAAGAACGAAGAUAAGGAAGCACAACAAAGGCUUCAAACUGCUUUAGGUUCAGAUAGUGAAGAUGAAGAUAUAAAUAUGGGUUCUGCUGGUGAAGAUGAUGAAUCUGUUGAUGAGGAUUUCCAAGUAAGUUCAGAUGGCGGUGAUGUUGCUGAGGAAUUCGAUUCAGAUGCAGCAGUCAGUGACGCUAGCGGCAGUGAUGGUGAGGAUAGUGACAUUGGUGAUUCCAGACCAUCUAAGAAAGCCAAAACUGAUUAA